UUCCUCAUCUUCUCAAACUAAAUCAAUCAAAUAGGUUUCUUCUUACUAAAAAUGAAUUUCUCUUAUUCUUCCUUGUCAACUUGGACAACCCUAUUAACACUGGGUUGUCUUCUGCUUCAUUCAUCCAAUUCCAGUGCUCAGCUAACCCCAACCUUCUAUGACAAUACAUGCCCCAACGUCUUUACCAUCGUACGGGACACCAUCGUAAACGAGCUAAGAUCAGAUCCUCGUAUCGCUGCAAGCAUCCUUCGUCUUCACUUCCACGACUGCUUCGUCAAUGGCUGUGAUGCAUCGAUUCUGUUAGACAACACAACAUCCUUCCAAACUGAGAAAGACGCUGCUCCAAACGCAAACUCGGCUCGAGGAUUUCCAGUGAUUGAUAGAAUGAAAGCAGCAGUAGAGACAGCAUGUCCAAGGACUGUUUCAUGCGCAGAUAUACUUACCAUCGCAGCUCAACAAUCUGUAAAUUUGGCAGGAGGUCCUUCUUGGAGGGUUCCUUUGGGGAGAAGAGAUAGCUUACAAGCAUUCUUUGCUCUCGCUAAUGCAAAUCUUCCCGCUCCAUUUUUCACGCUCCCACAACUUAAGGCUAGCUUUCAAAAUGUUGGACUUAACCGUCCCUCUGAUCUCGUUGCACUCUCUGGUGGUCACACAUUUGGUAAAAACCAAUGCCAAUUUAUUAUGGAUAGGCUAUACAACUUUAGCAACACUGGUUUACCCGACCCUACUCUUAAUACUACAUACCUCCAGACACUUCGUGGACAAUGUCCCCGGAAUGGUAACCAGACCGUCUUGGUCGAUUUCGAUUUUCGUACACCGACGGUUUUUGACAAUAAAUACUAUGUGAAUCUGAAAGAGCUAAAGGGACUUAUCCAAACCGAUCAAGAGUUGUUUUCCAGCCCUAAUGCCACUGACACAGUCCCCUUGGUGAGAGAAUAUGCUGAUGGCACUCAAAAAUUCUUCAAUGCUUUUGUUGAAGCCAUGAAUAGGAUGGGAAACAUUACACCUCUCACUGGAACUCAAGGACAAAUCAGACAGAAUUGUAGGGUGGUCAACUCCAACUCGCUGCUACAUGAUGUGGUUGAAAUUGUUGACUUUGUCAGCUCUAUAUAACAUAAUAUUGUCACGAUAUAUGUGGCAACCAAAAAUAUAUGUUUUAUGAAAUAAAGUGUUCUCGAAACGUUAAUGAAGAACAUUUCUUUUA